CAGAGAGACGGGGACUUGGAUACCUCCUAUGAAGGUCUGCUCCGUCUGUCGACCAUAGUUGGCGAGGCGAGACCGCGGGGCACAUCUGCUCAAAUCGUCUCUUCGCUGCCGAGCGGCGUAUACAGGGAUUGGGCUAUACCUGGUGAAAGUGAAGAGCGUUGCCCUAUAUGUUUGGAUGACUAUCAACAAGAAGACCCAGUGCUCAAGGUCACCGAUUGCUCACAUUGGUUCCAUAAGGCAUGUCUCGAGGUGAGAGAGUGUGCGCAGAUAUCAUCAGACCGUAUGUGUUACUGA